AUGGCGGGGCCUGGGGCGGCCGCGGCAGCGCUGCUCCCGGCGGUGCUGCUGGCCGUGCUGGCGCCCUGGGCCGGUCGAGGGGGCGCCGCUGCGCCCACCGCACCUAACCGCACACUGGAGGCCGAGCUGGAGCGCCGCUGGGAGAGCCUGGUGGCGCGCUCGCUGGCGCGCCUGCCCGUGGCCGCGCAGCCUAAGGAGGCCGCCGUCCAGAGCGGCGCCGGCGACUACCUGCUGGGCAUCAAGCGGUUGCGGAGGCUCUACUGCAACGUGGGCAUCGGCUUCCACCUCCAGGUGCUCCCCGACGGCCGCAUCGGCGGCGUGCACGCGGACACGAGUGACAGCCUACUGGAGCUCUCGCCGGUGGAGCGGGGAGUGGUGAGCAUCUUUGGCGUGGCCAGCCGAUUCUUCGUGGCCAUGAGCAGCAGGGGCAAGCUCUAUGGCUCGGCUUUCUUCAGCGAUGAGUGCAAGUUCAAAGAGAUUCUCCUCCCCAACAACUACAACGCCUACGAGUGCUACAGGUACCCUGGCAUGUUCAUUGCCCUGAGCAAGAACGGCAAGGCCAAGAAGGGGAACCGGGUGUCACCCACCAUGAAGGUCACCCACUUUCUCCCCCGGCUGUGACCCUCAGAGCCCCCUGGAGGGGCGUGCUGGGGGCCACCGUGGUGCACUUUCUUCGGACGGACAGCUUGAUGCAAGAGUAGGUGUAAGAUAUUUAAAUUAAUUAUUUAAAUGUGUAUAUAGUGCCACCAAAUUAUUUAU